GGCUAGCUAGUUUAGCCCUUGUAGCUAGCACGUUUGAUACAGAAGGAAGGUUGUGCUAGCUAAUCAAGAUUUAACAAAAACGGACCUAAAAAUUAAAUUCCUGGGAUGCUGAUUUUUUUCCGAUUUCUGCUGUAGCCUGUAUGUCGUGUAAAUACCUGUUAGCCAGUUAGAAUGCUCACUGGGCUUGAGCUUGUUAGCAUAUUUACUUGAAUUAGGUGCUGAAGGGCCUGCAGAGCCUCGGUUCUUGCGUGAAAGGCAGCCGUGAUUCCCCACGUUCUAAGGGAGGGAGCUUCAACCCACAGGCAAGCUAGAUUCUCACUGCACCAAGACCGCUCCUGAGGAUGUCACACACCGGACCCCCUCCUCGAUGGCGGAAUUGUCCAAGGAGAGGACAACCUGUGGCAGGUAAAUUUCUGCCGAUGAAAACAAUGUUAGGUCCCCGAUAUGAUGACCAAGUUGCAGAGGAGAACAGGUUCCACCCCAGUAUGAUGUCCAACUAUUUAAAAAGUCUCAAAGUGACAAUGGGUUUGCUUGUCGACCUGACAAACACUACUCGCUUUUAUGACCGCAACGACAUUGAAAAAGAAGGCGUGAAUUAUGUGAAGCUGCAGUGUAAAGGCCAUGGCGAAUGCCCUUCUAAAGAAAUAACUGCCAGUUUCAUCAGACUCUGUGAACACUUUAUAGAGAAGAAUCCCACAGAAUUAAUAGGUGUCCACUGCACACAUGGCUUUAACCGGACGGGCUUCCUGAUUUGUGCAUACCUGGUGGAGAAGAUGGACUGGAGCGUGGAGGCAGCUGUAGCAGCUUUCAGCCAGGCCCGGGCCCCUGGGAUCUAUAAGGGAGACUACCUCAAAGAGCUUUUCCGUCGUUAUGGUGACGAGGAGGACGCGCCCCCUGCUCCUCCGCUCCCAGAGUGGUGCUUUGAUGACGAGGACAGCAGCGAAGUGGACGAUGACGGUAACGCUGUCGGCCAGGAGUCGGGCCCGAGCUCCUCUGGGUCAGCACCAGGCAAACGGAAGAAAGAGAAACUAAAAGUGGGUGCAGUUUUCCUUGAAGGCAUCACGGUGAAAGGUGUCACACAGGUCACCACACAACCCAAACUUGGAGAAAUCCAAAGACGGGUUCAGGAGAUGGCCGAGUGGGACAGGUCUGGUUUUCCUGGUGCUCAGCCCGUCUCCAUGGACCGGCAAAACCUUCGUUUCCUGGAAAAGAAUCCAUACAAAGUCAGCUGGAAGGCUGAUGGCACACGGUACAUGAUGUUAAUCAACGGUAAAGAAGAAGUGUUCAUGGUCGACAGAGACAACAGCAUCUUCCACAUAGCCAACCUGGAGUUUCCUUUUCGGAAGGAUCCUCGAGUCCACUUGUCAAACACUCUCCUGGAUGGGGAGAUGAUCAUCGACAAAGUGAACGGCCACCCCGUCCCCCGCUACUUGAUAUACGACAUCAUCAAAUUCAACGGUCAACCUGUUGGUCAGUGUGAUUUCAGCAUCCGCCUGGUAUGUAUAGAAAAAGAGAUCAUUUCACCCCGCAUGGAAAAGAUGAAAACGGGACAGAUCGACAAAACCAAGGAGCCCUUCAGUGUCCGAAAUAAACCCUUCUUUGACAUUCAUGCAUCACGUAAGCUUCUGGAAGGCAGCUUCACAUCCCAGGUCAGCCAUGAAGUUGAUGGGCUUAUCUUCCAGCCGUGUGGGAGAUACAAGGCCGGGAGGUGUGAUGACAUCCUCAAGUGGAAACCCCCCAAUCUGAACUCUGUGGACUUUCGCCUCAAGAUCACCAAAGUCGGAGGAGAAGGGCUGCUUACACAUACGGUUGGCCUGCUCUACGUCGGAAACUAUGAGAUGCCCUUUGCACAAAUGAAGGUGACUAAAGAGCUAAAACUGUACGACAACAAGAUCAUCGAGUGCACCUUCGCCAAUAACAGCUGGGUGUUCAUGAGGCAGAGGGUGGACAAGAGCUUCCCCAACUCCUACGACACAGCCAUGGCUGUGUGUAAAAGCAUCCAGGAGCCUGUCACAAAGGAAAUCCUCCUGGAGUACGUGGACCGCUGUUCUCAGGUAGUCCAAUCCCAGAACCGGAAACGCCCGCCGGACCCAGACUCUGAGCUGAUGCCCCCUCCCCCUCCAAAGAGACCCAACAGGUCCAUCCCAUAGCCCACAGCUGGGCUGUCUGGACUGCUUUCCAGUCAUGAAGUUCAUCCACAUCAUCACCAGCUACUGUCCAUCAACACCAAACAGAAAAAAGACAUAUCGAGGCUUUGUACCCUCAGCACAUCAUCUUCAUCUGCCUGUACAUGAAACCUUCCAUAGACUGCAUCCCAACAUUAAUUUACCUUGUAGACAUGUUUGUAGCUUUAAUUGCUGUGUUCUUAUUAAAAUGAAAAACAUGA